ACGUUAUACAUGGUUGCAGACGGGCGGACUGACCAUUUGGAAACUCGGACACUGACCGAGGGCCCGGGGUCAGUAGGUGGCCCCAUGAGAUGCCCCUGGUACCUUGUUCAUAGGCUUUUUUGAGUUUUGGCAAGAACACAGGGGCCCCAUGAUCCCCUAUUGCCCGGGGGCCCCAUGAGUUGUCAGUCCGCCCCUGGUUGCAGACCUAUUUGCCCAUUAUAUUGUCAGGCUCUACUUUCUGCUUUGCAGUGCUACAGAAUGGUUGCUCUCUACAGUUCCUUCUCAAACUUUUUCAUAGGCUUCUAUGAGUUUGGCAAGGACACAGGGGCCCCAUGAUCCCCUAUUGCCCGGGGGCCCCAU